CAAACGGUAUUAGGUUGAAGUCCUAAUCUGAAAAUUAACACUAAGAAUAUAGUGGAUGAAAUGUGUUUUCUGGAUUUUAACAAUAGCUAACCACACCACCACUACUUUUAAGCAAUUUAUACUAAUAAAUCAAAAUGAAUACAAAUGAAGUAAGAUAGGAUAAUUCAAUAUUCGGUUUAUAGAAAAAGUACCUGGAAUGGUCUUCACAUGAAUUUCAAUAGUUUUUGUCUAAUCAUUUACAAAACGGCGUUGAUCAAAACAUCAUUUUAUAGGGUAGAAAAGAUAUGUACUACUGAGAAACUAGAAGAAGAAUUGAUGAACGUUGCUACAUACAGGAAUUUAUUGACAAAUGUAAAAAAAAAAUCUAAAGAAAACAAGACGAAUGUGAUAACAGUCAAUAAAGAACCAAUGUCUAUGAAUCUCAACUUCAAAGGUGAUGACGUCACAACCACAGUCAGCAGACUGCUUAACACUGCAUUAGCUAGAACUUACCCAGCAGUCACACUAUUAAUUCUGUACAAAACAACAUGUUCAAUAACCUAAUCCAAUGUCGACAAAUACCACCUUCCUCCUUACCUCCAAUCGCG